UUUCACUUUUCCUUUCAGAACGACGAAAGGUCAGAUGUGAAGGUCACAAUAAUGCGGAAAUCUUCCGAAUUACAAGGCUAUGAACAUAGGAGAGAAAACAAAUUAAUGCAAUAUUUCAAUGCCGUUGGGAUUGAAGAAACGGGCCAGUUCAUACAUUUGAGAGUGUAUCAAAUACAUCGGUUAGAUUUUGUCAAAACGGAAAGAACGUACAAUUUGGGAAAUGUCAUCAAAAAGAGUAAGAACAACUAUUGGAUUGUUAGAGAUUCCACAAUUGGUCUUACCGGCAGUUCGUGUGAAAAUUUUGAAGUGGCAAAACUGAACUGCCCUCUUCUACCAGAGGACGAGUCCGGUUUCAGGACACUGGAGGAGGCACUGGAAUCGUACGAAAGGUCAACCGUUACAGUAAAGGUGGCACAGGUUUCGCCAGUCAAAUAUCGAGACAAUUUUCUGGCAAUAAGAAGCUUGUCCGCCAAAGACUCUAGUAACAAAACGGUGAAAAUUGACUUGUUUGGUAAUCAUGCAGAAAAAAAUUAUGCUAAGAAUGAUGUGGUGAAAUUAACGAGUGUUUACAAGAAGGUGUACCGAAACAGAAUACAGCUUAGCCUUUCCAAGACAUCAGAUGUUCAGUUCAUGCCUCCUGAGAGCUUGCAAAUAGCAAUCGGAGACGACGAUUAUCUUUCCGAUAGUGAUUUCGAGGAUACACCACUGGACACAUUUAAAAUCACGGAAUGUCUGGGGUGCCACAUCUACAACUGCUGUGAUAAACCAGCUUGUUAUGAGAAAAAGUUAAAUGAUGAUGGAACGUGCCGGACGUGUGCCGAGCGCCCGGAAAGACAAAUGAAGACGUGUCGGGCCACUUUUAAAUACCUAACAGAGGCCAGCAGAUCUCCCAUACAGAUCACUCUGUUUAAGCCUACUCUAUCCAUACUCUUACAGGAGAAUGUGGACUUGACCAGUUGGGAUACUUUUGAAACACAGAUUGCAAAUGCUCUCCCGAUUUGCUUCAAGUGUAAAAUCAGUGAGGGGAAGUUUUACAACAUUACAAUGCAGUGACAAUGACAAGAGAUUCACUAAGAAGGUACUAUAAUAACCUUGUAUAGGGACGUAAUUUUUUUUAAAGAAAUUCACACAAAAAUGUUGUUAUGCAAAUUCUCAGAAAUGUCCUCGCUUGGACCGCAAAACAUGUUAAUGUGUCACCUUCCAUAUUUGUCUAUCCUAAGUGUAAAUAAUAAAGUUGUUAUUUAACUUAAAUUAAAUUUCUGUCUGUGUAUCGGUUGGUCAUGCUUUAGUUUAUUCAUGCUCGAAUGUAUUGUCCGAAUUCGUUAAACGUUUGUUUCCAAGCACAUUUAUUUUUUUGAAACCUCACGUGAAAUCUGAAAAUAAGCUGGAUUCCUGCAUACGUUUUGCAUGCUUAUAUUAAUUUUU